AUGAAAUUAAACAUCUUUGUUUUGCUCUUCUUAUCUGUUUGUUUUCCCUUGGUAAAUUGUUUUAACAAGUCUGCAACAGCUUCUUUAGAUGCUUUACUUCAAGAUUUUACUUCGAAGGCGCUUGUCAGACACAAGCCUCACACUGGUGUCUUGUACAAAACUAUCCCGCCAGCCAAUUUAUCGGGUAUAGAAGUGUCGAUUUUGAAGAUAAGAAGCCGGGGAUUGUGGUAUAAUGGAGCUAAUUUUAGCUACUUUAGUAUACCUUCAAGAACAAUCUCUUUGCCUCAUGUAAGAAGACUUGCUUUGGUUUAUCAUGACAUGAAAAAUUGGUCUUCUCAUUACUAUAAAGUACCAGGUUACUCUUUAAUCACUUCGGUUGUUGGUUUCAUGGCUUUCGAUGCAUCAAAUCCAAGUGCCAAUAGCUUCACUAAAGUCAGUCUAACUACUAUGGGGAAGCCUAUUUCGAUUCAUUUUCGAAACUUGACACUCGCAGAGAGCACAAAACCCGAAACAAAAUGUGUUACAUUUGCAGCUAAUGGAAGCUUUUAUCUUAGUGAGAUGAGUUAUUUCGGUGAGUGUCUAUCCAGAGAGCAGGGUCAUUUUUCAGUUGUUAUUCCAGAAAACAACAGCAGGGUACAAAGAAAGAAGAUUGUAUGGCAUUGGUGGUUGAUUGGCUCCAUUCUUGGAUUUAUUGUUCUGGUUUUGGUUGGUUUUGGUGGGAUUUUCUCUAUGAGGUUUUUAAGAACAAAGAAGAUUCAGAUAAUGGAAAAACAAGCUGAUGAAGAUUUGGUUCUUACAAGUAGAUGGGUUGGUCAGAGCAAAAUGCCUUCUGCUGCAGUAACAAGAACACAACCUGUUCUUGAGAAUGGUUGUUUCACAUGAUUUCUUUACUAUUUUUCUUCAAUAUCAUCCUUUUCAUUUGCUGUUUUUAAUUUGAAGUGAGUGACCAACAAAAGGUGAUUUUACCAAACAAAAGUAAUGACUUUAAUCAUGGUAUUGUAACACUGAGAAAUACAUUAUAUACAAGUUCUUUGGUUUUCAA